AUGGGUCGACAAAAGUAUACUUUCAGGGAAGUGCCAAAAUGCACUUCCUCGAUAUUGUGUGUUGCUACCAACCGAACAUUUGAGCUCGGAUAUAAAUACGAUGGUUUACCCGCAUGUUCCCAUCACAUUUGUUCUCAGCGUUUGCCUUGGAGAAGCAGCGUUAGACAAAGUAUGAUGGGCGAAAGCGAAAGGGCGAUGGAGCAGCAGCAAGAGUCGAAAUUUGAUCACCAACGGCACUUUACCCAGCUUGACAGACCAGACAAAAAAUUGCACGAAUACAAGUUUCCAGAGCACUCUUCAAAGAACGAGUCAGCACCACCUUCAGAACCACCUCUUGGAACCAGUCCUAAGUCUCAAACGAGCCUUGGAGUUGGGCCUGAUUGCUGCCAGCUCUGGACGUCGGGAUAUCAGCAUUCAGAUAAGUACACCGUGUGGUGGAAAGAUCAACAUGGACUGUCCAGAAAAUCAAUAAAUGCAUCCUCAAGCCAGCAGCUAAAGAAGACUCCCAGUCAGCAAUGUCUGGCAUCAGAUAUUGUGCCCCAGAGUCCAUCAGGUCGUUCAGGCUUGCAAAACAGAGCAGACAGCUUAUUCUCAAUUAUGACAAUAAGCACCAAAAGUGAGGAAUACUCUCCCACUCCCCGCAAGCCAUUCCAUCGGCGAAGCAGCGCCAUAUCCUUGGAUAAAGAUUACCUUCUCAAGUCUGGUGCUUUCAAGAACACCGGCGAAGGGUAUGAAAGGCGAUUGAGCAGGACCAUGCAUCUACAGGAAAGUCAAUCUCGCAAAAACGGCGUCUGGUUGAAAGAGGAUGGUUCUGCCAAAUUUUCUGGUAUUAUGGCGUCAACAUCGGAACAGUUGAGAAGGAACUCAGAACCCCACUUCAAGGCAGAAGUGGAUAAAUUUCGACAUGGCCAUACAAGGCUUAACUCUGCUCAUGCUGGGUUCCCAGAAACAGGCAAUGUAUUUCAUCAAACCAUAGAUGUUGAUCUCUUAAAACCAAUAACCUCGGCGCAAAACUUUACUCUGCCACCUAAGGCACACAGAGAACGCCAAGAUUCCCGUGGUCUCCUUCCGCCUAUAGUGUUCUCAGAUUCAUGUUCACAUGAUAGUGAAGGAGAUGUUUCCAAAGCAGAUGAUAAUGAGCUAUUGACGCUCUCAGAGUUUCUGGAAAGCUCUUUACAGAUGUAG